CAACUAUCGCGGUCGGCUAGAGAUGAACAAUAGUAUAGUUAAUUAUUUAGAUAAUCAUGUCGGAACUACAGGAAUUCAACCAAGCUGCCGAGGAUGUCAAGAACUUAAGCAGCACACCGGCUGACAACGAUUUGCUCGAAUUGUACGGCCUAUACAAGCAGGCCAAUGUGGGCGAUUGCAAUACAGACAAACCUGGUUUCCUCGACUUCAAAGGCAAGUCCAAAUGGGAGGCCUGGAAUAAGUUGAAGGGCAUGAGCCAAGUCGACGCCCAAACUGCCUACAUCACCAAAGUGAAAUCUUUGAUUGCGAGUGUGGGUCUAAAGUCCUAAGCAGAUGCUGUGUUUCGAAUAUAACAAUCCAGUUGGAAAUGCAUUUCUCUCACAUGUAAUACGCACAAUAUUUCGUCAUUAGCACAAAAUACAUACGCACGCUAAAGAGUUAAUGCAUCCAUUUAUAUAUUCAUAUAUGUUACAUACAUAUGUAUGUAUGUAUUUACAGUAAAUAUGCAGAUACUGUAGCUUUCCGGCUGGAAUGUUGAGAUAAUGUUGCUCGACUGUUAAAGUUGUAUUUGACUGUUAAGCAUAUGAAUGAAAAUCCCAGUUGGAUAUACAUUUUUCACAUGUAAUACGCUUUACUUAAUACAAUAUACACACGCAAGCUA